AUGUGGGUGGUAGGGCUUACGGGAGGCAUAGCGACUGGUAAAUCAACCGUCUCUGGCUUGUUGCGUGACAAGGGUGUUCCUAUCGUUGACGCCGAUAUCAUAGCCAGAAAGGUCGUCGAGCCUGGUACCACAGGGCUGAAACAGAUCGUCAAGUACUUUGGGGAGGUCGUGCUGUUUCCUGAUGGAUCCCUGGACCGGAAGAAGUUGGGCUCGGUCAUCUUCAAUGACGAGUCGAAGAGGAAGAGAUUGAAUACAAUUCUGCAUCCUGCCAUUCGUAGGAUGAUGGUCUGGGAGGUGGUCAAGCACUGGCUUUGUGGAAAGAAAUACUGCGUCUUGGAUGUGCCGCUUCUCAUCGAAGGGCCUCUAUGGAAGUGGGUCGCUCAGGUUGCUGUGGUAUACUGUCCCGAGGAGAUACAGCUCGAGCGGUUGGUGCAACGCGAUGGCUCUACGCGGGAAGAUGCCUCUGCCAGAUUAUCGUCCCAGCUAUCUAUCGUUGACAAGGUGAAGUACGCGGACGUUGUGAUUGACAACUCGGGUACCAGGGAGAACCUUGAAAGCCAGGUUACCGCAUUGGUAUACGACUUGGAGAAAACUGUUGGGUGGACUUGGAUGUUGAGCUGGCUGAUUCCGCCCUAUGGUAUCUUGUCAGCGGCGUGGAUAUUGACCAGGCGUGCAAUUUCGAGGAAAACCAAGUCCAACUAG